GGGGCUUGCGUGCUGGGGCGGCUUCCGCCCCGUCGGGCCCAGCUGGCGGCGAGGGGAGAAGGCGGAAGGCGCGGGAGGGCGUUCCAGUGCGCAUGCGCCGAUUUCCAUGGAGCGGCGAGGGGCUCCGAGGGACGGAGGGGAGCCCGGGUUUUGGACAAAAUAACUCCGACGAAGUGGUGGGUGAAGGGAAGCCCAGGCUCAGGUCUUCUGAUGCGUAGCCAAGUAAAGAAAUGAAGGGCAGGCAGCAAAAAGCAUCCGAGACAGAAGAGGGCACGGUCCAAAUCCAAGAAGGGGCAGUAGCGACAGGUGAAGAUCCCACCAGCGUGGCCAUUGCUAGCAUCCAGUCAGCGGCCACUUUUCCAGAUCCCAACAUCAAAUAUGUCUUCCGCGCAGAGAAUGGAGGCACUCAGCUGAUGUACAGAGUGAUACAGGUGGCCGAGGGCCAGCUGGAUGGGCAGACGGAGGGCAGUGGGGCCAUCAGCGGCUACCCUGCACCACAGUCCAUGACUCAGGCUGUCAUCCAAGGAGCAUUCACAAGCGAAGAUGCUGUGGAGACCGAAGCCACGGCCACUGAGACUCACUAUACCUACUACCCUGCCACGGCGGUGGCCGACACCAGCACCUCGGCCGGAGCAGGGACGACUGCGGUGGUCACCACCCAGAACUCGGAUGCUCUUCUCGGACAAGCUACUCCCACCGGCACAGGGCAAUUCUUUGUCAUGAUGUCACCACAGGAAGUGCUGCAGAGUGGAACCCAGAGGUCCAUCGCGCCCAGGACUCACCCCUACUCACCGAAAUCAGAAGCUCCACGGACAACGCGGGAUGAGAAACGCCGGGCGCAGCACAACGAAGUGGAACGCCGGCGCAGGGACAAGAUCAACAACUGGAUUGUGCAGCUGUCCAAGAUCAUUCCUGACUGUUCUGUGGAGAACACCAAAUCCGGGCAGAGCAAAGGAGGGAUCCUCUCCAAAGCUUGUGACUAUAUUCAGGAGUUGAGGCAAAACAACAUCCGUCUUUCUGAGGAACUGCAGGGCCUGGACCAGCUCCAGGUGGAUAACGGACUCUUGCGACAGCAGGUGAGGUUGAAGAUCUGAAAAACAAAAACCUGAUUUUGCGGGCACAGCUCCGACAGCACGGUGUGGAGGUGAUCAUUAAGGAGACGCACUGACGAACCACCAGCCAGCGGGGCGGGCCUUGCUCGAGACACAGCCCCACGGGCACAGCGGAAGGCCGGGGUUCCUGGCCGCACCAGCACUUCCAAGCCAGCCUCCGUCUCUCUUGCGCAGGAUCGGAAAGCAGCAUCCCCACCGUCGGGGCCAGGGCUCGGCUCAGGACGCUUGGCUCUGCCCAGUGCCCCCCCAGCUCAGACCGUGGCUUGGCCCCCCCAAGCUUGACGUUGACAAAAGUACACUUGGUUCGUAGGACCCUAAAAUUAACAAUCCCCAAGUUGUAUUCUUCCUGUACCCCGCCCCAGCUCUGCCGGUUUGCUCAGCGUCGCCUCCCGCUCAUGCACUUCACCGGCCCCAGCUUGCCUCCCCUUGCAUGCGGUCUCGCGUAGUUUCCUCACACAGUUCCCCACUCCCACCGGUGUGGCCAGGACCUCCCAGGAUUGCCCCGUCCCAGGCCCUGCUCCUGCCCAGCACGGGAGUCAAGCACUGCGCAGCCCCUGCCCGCUUGCCUUCCUUCCUUGGACUCCCUUCCGCCCAGAAGGUGCUUCUCGGCGUUCCCUUAACGUGGCUCCACGUUGCAGGAAAGAGGCAAAGUUGCUCCUGGCGCAGAGUGCCAAGGACUGGAGCGGGCCCCGAGCAGCCGCUGUCUUCCUCUCCCGGAGAUGAUGCAUCUAUUAAUCAGGAUAGCAGUUUUCUUUUCGUUUCUCUCUUUUUUAAAUAAACCCUGUGUUUUGGGGGAAAAAAGGAACAUAAUUAAAUAGCUGCCUUGCUGGGUUCA